UCAUGAAACUGUUACAAUAUACUCUUAUUCUUUUCAUAUUUUUAGCUGUGGAAGGAUGGAUUUUAUUCAUAAAUUCAGUGCAUGAAGAAGCACAAGAGGAUGAUAUUCAGGAUAAAUUCUCUGAAUUUGGUCAAAUUAAAAACUUGCAUUUAAAUUUGGAUAGAAGAACAGGAUUUUUGAAGGGUUAUGCACUGGUGGAAUACGAAACAUUUAAGGAAGCACAAGCUGCAAAAGAGGCUCUGAAUGGUACAGAGAUCUUAGGUCAGGCUAUUUCUGUUGAUUGGUGUUUCGUGAAAGGGCCCAAAAAAAUCAGAAAGAGAAGUCACAGGAGGCGAUGAGCAUAUCUUAUGUAAAAUAUGUAUCCAUUAAGCUUUAAAAAACUUCAAACAAACAUUAAUCAAUAAAUAAAAAAAAAAUAUAUAUAUAUAUAAAAUCAAUCAUAUAUAAGAAAAUGUUUCAAAAUAAGACAAAUUAAUAUUUCGUACAAAUAUUUUACUUCCAUUUUUUUUCAUUUCUUCUAAAAAAAUUUUUGUUUAGUUUCAUAUAUUGUUAAAUAUUACGAAUUUCUAUAAAGCAUAUAUAGAGACAUUUAAAUGCUAAAUUAAUCAUUAAAAUUUUAUUUUUAUAAUGGUGUAUUAUGUAAUAUUCAAUAAAAAUUCCAAUUGA